AUUACAAUUUUAUAACACUGCUUUACAAAAGAAGUAACGAAACCGUGGAGAGUGGAAAAUAGCACUGUGUAUGUAUCUCUUAACCGGGUGUAUUAACACACACACAUGGUAUGAAAAUUCGGCCACACGACGGGACAUAACUUCACCCAUGACUUAACAAGGAUAUAGGCCAGUUUGAUAAGAGUUACAAAACCAGGGAAAAGUCAUGAAGAAGACGGGUAGCCUGCACGUGUCGACUGUGGAAAUAGGGAACGACGUGUUCGAUCGGUCGGUGGACGUCACACACACGUUGUCCAUUCACGACGUACACUACGAAGUGAACGUCAAGAAGCGACCAUGUGCCCGGGCAACGAAGAAGACGAUUUUAAAAGGAAUGACUGGGAUUUUCAAGCCAGGGAUGAAUGCUAUUUUAGGUCCUACUGGAAGUGGAAAAUCAUCGUUACUGGAUGUUCUCGCUGGCAGAAAGGAUCCUAAAGUUGUUUCAGGAGAUGUACUUCUGGAUGGUUCUCCUCCCCCAGAGAACUACAAAUGCAUGGUGGGAUAUGUCGUACAGGACGACGUUGUCAUGGGGACCUUAACUAUCAAAGAAAAUCUGAGUUUCUCAGCAGCAUUGCGAUUGCCAUCGUCUGUUACUAAGCAACAACGACGUCUGCGUGUUGACCAGGUGAUAGAAGAGCUUGGCCUUACAGAAUGUGCCAAUAGAAAGGUGGGGACCGAGUUUAUUCGCGGUGUGUCUGGAGGAGAGAGAAAGAGAACGAACAUUGGAAUGGAGCUGAUUAUUUCUCCCCCAGUUCUCUUCCUCGAUGAGCCGACAACUGGACUCGAUGCAAGCACGGCCAGUUCUGUGAUGCUGCUCUUAAAGAGGAUGGGUGACAAAGGACAGACGAUAGUGUUUUCCAUACACCAGCCUCGGUACUCCAUCUUCAAGCUGUUUGACAACCUGAUGCUGCUAUCUGCAGGAGAAACCGUCUACUUUGGCUCGGCUCACAAGGCCUUGGAACAUUUUCACUCCAUUGGUUACAUCUGUGAAGAACACAACAACCCUGCAGACUUCUUCCUCGAUGUGGUGACAGGUGAUGUUCUAACACUGGCAGAUACUGAUACCGACGCCAUUCAGAUAGAGGGACUAGACGAUUCUUUACAGAAGAAACUGGUGAACGGUUUUCAGUCAUCAGAGAGUAAUACAAAGUACCUCACACAGCUAAGAAUUGUUUCUGCAAGAUCGGUACUAAAUCUCAUCAGAAAUCCUCAAACAUCUAUAAUUCAGAUGCUUGUCACAAUAACAUUUGCCCUCAUAGUUGGAACUAUAUAUUUUGAUAUCAAUUCAUCAGUGGAAUCAGGCAUACAAAACAGAAUUGGUGCCUUUUUCUUUGUGACAAUGAACCAGAUGUUUGGAGCUAUGUCGGCGGUUGAACUUUUUAUCAAACAAAGAGUCAUCUUUAUACAUGAAAAUGCAAGUGGAUUCUAUCGAAUUUCUGCAUUCUUCCUCGCAAAGGUCAUUUGUGAUGUUGUACCCAUGCGGCUAAUUCCGGUGGUGUGUUUCUCCACCAUUGUUUACUGGAUGGUUGGUUUUCAACCGUCUGUUACGAAAUACCUGUUCUUCACCAUGAAUAUCUUUUUCACAACUCUAGCAGCAUCUGGUAUUGCUUUUGCCAUCAGUGCCGGUGUCAGAGUCUUUGCCAUUGCCAAUCUUGGUAUUUCCAUGUCAUUCGUAAUUAUGAUGUUGUUUGGAGGCUUGCUACGUAAUCUGAAUGACCUCAGUGACUGGAUCAGCUGGAUCAAGUGGUUUAGUGUUAUUAGAUACAGCGUGGAUGCACUGACAAUCAAUGAACUAAAGGAUCAAAUGUUCUGUACCGGAACCAACUGCACAUCUGGAAAUCAGUAUAUGGAUACACAGGGUAUCCAGUACGCAACCACCUGGGAUCUCUGGCAGAAGGAAGUGGCCCUUUUGGGUUUUGUAGUUAUAACCUUCAUCUUGGCCUACAUCCAGCUGAGACGAAUAAAGAAGCUAAGCUAAACACAACACCAGAAACCCUGAUCUUCUUAUUAGACUAAUCCUGGACAAUCAAGAACAUACAGCAGUGGAGGAUCUAGGCAUAUUUGUGGGGUGGGUGGGUGUGUGACCAUUUGACAAAAGAAUGAGUAUCGAUAAAUACAACACCAACAUCCCCGUCUUAGUUAACUAAUUCUGUACAAUCAAGAAUGUACAGCAGUGGAGGAUCUAGGCAUGUUGACGGGGGGGGGGGGGGGGGGGGGGGUGUUUGACUAUUUAACAAAACAAUGAGUAUCAGUAAACUCAACACCAACAACCUGAUCUUUUUAUUUGACUAAUCAAGAAUGCACUGCAGUGGAGGAUGUUGGUGGGGUUGGCAGGGGUGGGGUGGGUGGGUGUGUAUGUGACUAUUAAACAAAACAAUGAGUAUCACUAAAAACAACACCAACAUCCCCGAUCUUCUUAUUGGACUAAUCCUGUACAAUCAAGAACUUAUAGCAGUGGAGGAUCUAGGCAUGUUGAUGGGGAUGGGAAUGUGUGGGGUGGGGGAUAUGUGUGUGUGUGUGUGUGUGUGCGACUAUUUGACAAAACGGUGAGUAAUGCUAAACACAACACCAACAACCCUGAUCUUCUUAUUGGACUAAUCCUGUUAAAUCAAGAACAUACAGUAAUGCUAAACUCAACACCAAUAUCUGUGAUCUUCUUAUUUGACUAAUCAAGAAUGUACAGUGGAGGAUCUAGGCAUGUUGACGGGGGUGGGAGUGUGACUAUUUAACAAAAUGAGUAUCAGUAAACUCAACACCAACAACCAGAUCUUCUUAUUUGACUAAUCAAGAAUGUACUGCAGUGGAGGAUGUUGGUGGGGUUGGCAGGGGUGGGGUGGGUGGGUGUGUAUGUGACUAUUAAAUAAAACAAUGAGUAUCACUAAAAACAACACCAAAAUCCCCGAUCUUCUUAUUGGACUAAUCCUGUACAAUCAAGAACUUAUAGCAGUGGAGGAUCUAGGCAUGUUGAUGGGGGUGGGAAUGUGUGGGGUGGGGGAUAUGUGUGUGUGUGUGUGUGUGUGUGCGUGUGUGCAACUAUUUGACAAAACAGUAAUACUAAACACACCACCAACAACCCUGAUCUUCUUAUUGGACUAGUCAUGUUAAAUCAAGAACAUACAGCAGUGGAGGAUCUAUGUGUGAUGGGGGUGAGGUGUGGAAGACUAUUUGACUAAACCUGUUAAAUCAAGAACAUUUUGCAGUGAUGGAUCUAGGUGUCUUGGUGGGGGUCAGGUGGGGGGGGGGGGGGAGAUUGACUAAUCCUGUACCAUAAUGAACAUUUUGCAGUGGAUGAUUUAGCAGGCCAUAGGAUUUCACAUUUCAUGGGAAACACUUUGUCGGUUCGUGUCUGCAUGGGAACCCUUCAGAAACUGUUUCUGAAAAAUAAUUAUAUAUAUAUAUAUACAGUAAAACCUCUCAAAACUGGACCCUCUGUAAUCUGGAAUUCCCUCAAAACUGGACGUUUUACAGUCUCUUUUUAAAAACCAAGACAGAACUGAACCUCUCUAAACGGAUCCCUCUAAAAACAGGACAUUUGUCUUGGUUCCAAAGGUGUCCGGUUUAGAGGGGUUUUACUGUAUAUUAUUUUUGUUGUACUCGCUAUAAUAAUCAGCACCAGAAACCUGUGCUCAUUGUGUGGUGUUACCUUCUCUGCCAUUGCUCCCCCUCCCCCCAACUCUGAAGAUUGUCCCAUCUAAUUCUGCCGACUGACCCACCCCAAUUAAUAUAUAUAACUGGCCCUCUGAGUACAUAACUCCAAACAUGGUAUGUAGGCCUACACCAAAGCAUUAUACUGUCUAAUCUAGUUGAAGAUGAACAGUUGCUUGCAUUUAAAAAAUUAUGUGUGGGUAUAUUUUUGAUAGUGCUUGUUAAAAUAAUUUUGUCCUAGCAUCUUGCCUUGCCAUUGCCAUUUAUUUGUUAACAAUAUUUUAUUUUUAUUGGUAUAAUACUGACAUCUUGCCUUUUCCACUAUUUAAAGAAUAUAUUUUUUUUUAUGAAUGUUUAUUGUUGUAAUAACUAUAAAUGUGCUUAAUAUAAAGAUUUUAGAGAAGAAACAUGCUGUAUGCUCAUAGGACCUGGGGUCAGGGACUGAAAUAUUUUUUUUUACCCAUAAAGAUUCAAAUGUUGCUUGUGCAUCCCCCACCACCACUAAAGACUACUAAAGACAAUGCUAAAGAUUGUGCCCCACACUCCAGAUAUAGCCUCUAUUAGAAAUUUGUGAGAAAAAAUAUGAAGAUAUUUUCGCAAAACCUUUAAAUUAUUAGAAUGUCAAUAAACUUUAAAAUAAUAAUAAUGAUGACCAUGCUGCCAGUACAUGUUUCAUUCAUCCAUUAAAAAAAUCCAGGCCUAUAGGAUCUGGAGUUGAGGGGUGAGGUGGGAGGUUGGGUGGGCACCUCCUCCAGUGGUGUGUCACAGCCUCCAUAGUAGGGGGACAUAAGCCAUAUUUUGUUUUACCUUUACUUUUAUAUAGAGUAGUACAAAAAAGGAGAGUAUAUUUUUGUUCUCAAGUGGGGUAGUACAGGCCCCCCCCCCCCCCCCCCCCCCCACACACACACUUCUCGGUCCCACUGAUUCAUGUGGGUCUGAACUCAACAUUUCACCGGACAGUUUCUGAACUGUACUACAAUUGAUAAAUUCGAGGUUGUCAGUUCGAAAGCAGAAUCACACCUGGUUGAAAGGGUUAAAUUGUGAUGUCGUACAAACAAAUUUUCCCAAAAUAUUAUUAUAACAGAUAAAAAUCAACCUUCACUGAGGGGAUUCGAACCACAGACUCUCGGUGCUUUAUCAACUGAGCUAAUAGUGAAAUUCCCACUAGAUCCAGCCGGUAGGUGCACAUUAUAAAAUACCUAGAUUUUCAUCCCUGACCACCCCGAGGAUAAAGGCAACCCCCGGGGUGUUUUUAUUGUACCCCCCCCCCCCCUUCUGAAAUUAUUAUCAUUAUUAUUUUUUUACUUGAUAAGUAGUAUUUCCAAUGUUCUGGAUUUUUUUUUUCAUAUAUAUAUAAAUUUUAAAAUUCACCCUCCUCGCCCAUUUUAAAAAACCUUUGGAUAAAAAUCUAUUAUUUAAUUUAUAAUGGCCUUAUGUUAUGAAUUGUAAACCCUAUUAUUGGUCUAGCUGUCCUGUAACUGUUUCUGUUGACCAAUGGAAAAUGACACACAGUGACUUCAUCAUAUUAUAAUACCCAGUAAUUAAUAAAUGGUUUUCCAUCAU